UCCGUCCGUCACCAGACAGCUGUCAGUCAGUCAGUGUUUUCAAUCCCAAAUCGAUUUGGUCGUCUCGCCGCGACUUUUAAUUAUUUUGUUUUUCGAGCGCGAUCAACAACUAAAAAUUAUAAAAAUAGCAAACCCAAUCACACCGCGGUGGCAUUUUUUCUGCAUCAUUCUGAUGCCGCGUUAUAAAUAGUCUCGCGUGACGGAGAUAAAAUGCUCCAUUGUUGGUGUUAGACUUCGAACAACAAAAAAAGGAAUCAAUUUUUUUUCGCUGGACGUUGGUGGGCGGUGCCCGUUUGGGAAGAUCUUGUGGUGAGUCACACCGGAACAACGAUGAAGAUCAACGAGAAGAAUCUGUGCAUGUUUGCGACCACUCCGCCGGUGGAUCUGGAAGGGUGGCUCAACAACGGGGAAGUGAACAAAAGCUGGCAGCGACGAUGGUUUGUUCUCAAGGGGAACCUCCUGUUUUACUUCGAACGGAAAGGGGACCGAGAACCGCUCGGGAUGAUCAUCCUGGAGGGUUGCACCGUUGAACUCGCCGAAGAGGGCGAACAGUACUGCUUUCAGAUAAUCUUCCACGGCGCCAACAAUCGGACCUACUACCUGAGCACCGAGUCCCAGGGCAACAUGGAGCAGUGGAUGAAGGCCCUGACCUGUGCCGGGUACGACUACAUGAAGCUGAUGGUGGCCGAGCUGCAGCGCCAGCUGGACGAAAUCGAGGACGGUGGCAAGUUGAGUGCAGACGACGCGUUGGAGAACUCACCCCUGCCGCCACCACCGAAGGCGCCACCUCGGAGGCAGAAUCCGGGCUUCCAGCACAGGCCGGCGAUGCCGCCGAUUGAGUACGCAACGAAUGCCGAAUUCGUCGCGAGCGACGCCUCAACGGUCCUCCCGUCGCCAAAAGUGAUCCGGCGAGCGCCUCCCGCACCGAUUGCCGCCAUCCACCAGCACCACCGCAGUGAAGCCGUGAACAUGGAGCUGCGAUCACCGCCGGAACCGCCGGUGAGCUCCUCCACUGUCGCUGCCACCUCUCAGUUGAACGUGGUGGACCUGCUGAACGUGGCCGGCGACCCGACGACGGACGAGUUUAGCUUCGAGCGGAUGCACUCGCUGCUCGGGGCGCCGGUACUGGUCCACCUGAGGGCACGCAAAACGGCCAUGGAGAAGAGCGAACAGCCGCUUAUUAGCUUUUAAAGUUUUGGUGUUUAGCCGCGCCCCGUUUUGAUCCCUCGAUCCUCUCUGAAGAAACGCUUAUUCGGGGGUAGGCCAGCGUUAAGCAAAAUUGGGUAGCAGUGCGAAAUGAGUAACUUUGAGACGUUUGACGUUUCGGUUCGAAAUUGACGCUGUCCUUCCCCUUGAUGUUUACAUUGGUUGUUUAUAGUUAAGAUUCGCGUUUAUGUUGCUAACCAACUUGUUGGGAUUCGUCAUUAUGUUUCAUGUCUAACGCUUCCAUGUGUUUACAAAACAAACCCAAACAUAACCUAAGCCAUCACGAUCAUGAUCCAUUUGAGUCAAUUAGCUGCAUCCCUAAUCAACAACAAGCGCAAACUCUAUACAUAGGUGUUAAGGUUCCGUUUCAUAAACUCUCGUGACAUCAACGGGUCGCACAAGUUUAUUGUGAUAGUAAUGUUUCAUAUCUCCUUUAUAAGAAAGCAAACUUGACUGCUCGCAGCGGUAAAUAAGUGUCAAAAAUUGUGUAAAUGUCUUCAAACUUAAAUUUAGGUAAUAAUAUAACAGUUGUGCAUUGAUUCCUAUAACAACAUCAUAACACAAGAUAUUACAACUUAACUGUUUUUUAUAGCUUAGAUUACCCGAAUAAGAUCAGUUAAGUAAAUAAUACAGAAUAACCAGCAGUGUCAAAUAAAUGUUCAAACUACAGUCCUGAAUCAUUCCUAUGCAAAGCAUCACGCCCUAUUGAAAAGUUAUAGCCAAAAUCAUUAGAACCACAACUGAAAAUAGAGAAUAGAAAUCAUCCAUAGAAUCUUUGAAAUACAUUUAACUUAUAUAUUGCACAUAAGUAUUAUUCCUAAUCGAAUUUUAAUUAAAAUUAAUUUCACUUUUGCUAAACUCAAUUUUGUUCGCAGUUUAAAUGCAAAAUGUGCCACAAUAUGUAAUUUCUUGGAACAAUUUCUACCAAGAAUGUAUUAUACUGUCCUCACAAAAAUGACAUAACCAAACUUUUCGGAACACUCAGCAAACGUCAAACCAGUGGGUGUGAUAUGCCAGUAUUAGGUCUUCGAUGGAAUUACAUGUUGUUCUCCUAUUAAGAGUUUACCCACACUUGACAUUUUUCUCUCUUACUCAUUUUUGAGUAGGUUCGAGUUUUAUAGAAUUGGUUUAUGGCGUGUUGCCUCAAAGCUAUUUUCUGGAUGAGUUAGAAUUUAACUAAAUUGGAGUGAUAAUUGAAACUUCACCCAAUCUUGGCCAAAUCUAGUUUGGGUGAAUAAUUAACUUGAAAAUUUGGUAGUAAUACUGAGACAUUUUUCUAAAAUUAGUAAUUUUGUAAAAAAAUAGUCAUGUUUAUUAAUGAUUAAGUAAUUUGACAUUUAGCGUUUGGGAAAUUUACAUAUUGCUUGCGAAAUUUUGAAUAAAGCUUGUCAUUAUAGAAUGAAAUUUACAAAAAAAAAUCGGAUCCGAAUAUAAUUUAAAUAUUUCAAUCGAGAAAUCAAAAAGAUAGAGAGAUGUGAGCCGGUAACAUAGAGUUAAACUUUCACAGCUGUCUUGGUAAAUUUCACAGGAGCUUCACAGAAAGAUUAACUCCAUGUUGCGCUUUUAAUAUCACGAUACUGGAAUAUUUUUUAUAAUUGGCAGGUUAGAAAAACAGAAAUAUUGUUUGCUUCCAAAUGGUGUUCCAAACAAAACAAAACACGUUAACACGGAACUUCAUAAAAUUUGAGUUCGUUAAAAAAAAAAUCCUUCAAUUUUUAUUUAUUUUUUUGUAAGAUUUUCAAACAUGUUGAAUAAUAUAGAUAGGCCCCUUUAUAUAAAUGAAUUAUUGAGUUUAGACAAAAAAAAACAAAACAAAUAUAAUAACCGCAUACGCUACAUAAUCAAUCUUGCUAUAGUGCUCGUUACCGUUACGUUACAUGUCACACUUGUGCUUGUGUAUUUUUACGCUCGUUUUCCAAAGAUCGAUUCGCCCACCAUUUUGCGCUCUCCAUUUUUCCCCCCCAUUUAUGUUCUAUGUGAUGUGUUUAACCGCUACUCGCCAAGCUCUAAAUUUACGUGUUAACCAAGGUUUAAAAAUUCGGCGCCUGGCCCAGCCAAAACGCAACAUCCAGCUUACUUCCCGAAAUGAUCAUUCACCAAAUCCGUUCUUCUCCCACACCUUCUGCUCACCGUACAACUCCGUAUUCCGGCAGCAGCGAAACGGCACCGCAAACGAAAGCCCCUAGAGUCCCACUUUUAAGUGGAGUGGUCGCCAUGCAAAAGUUCUGUUGAAAUUCUAAAAAAAAGGUUUGCUUCUUUUCUUUAUUGAGCUGAAGAAAAAUACGUUAUACGAAUACAUAGUGCCAAAAGGAUCAAAUUUUAACUAGGUUUUAAGCGUUCGCGUUCGAACAAAAUUAGGUUAGGUUAUGUUCUGUACCGUUUCUCAAAGCAUUGUGUAAAAAAGUUGUGAAGCUUCGCCAUUUCAAAACGAUAAACAUCUUAUAGAUAGAUAUUAACUUAUUAGUACAAACGAAA